GUGAAAUGGUUUUUAUGGAUUGAAUUAGAAAUAUCAUUUAAAUGCGGAUGCAGUUUUAAAACUAUUGAUUAUCUUCGAAGCUAUUAAAUUAUAUAAAAAAUAAACAUUGCACAGGGCAUAUAUUUGAUAAUGGGACAUAAUUUUAUGACUUUAAUAGAGCUAGUAGUUAAGAUUUGGCAGCAUUUAAUCUCCUGCUUUAACUGAUCUCGUUUGUUUACAUUUUAUGUGGUUUCCUGUUGUUUAAGGAUUUUAUUAUAUGUUUGGCAUUUCUUACUUAAUUUACUCAGCCACUUCUGUUCAGUCGUUUAAAUGUAGAACAAAAAUCGUUAUUUCGUGUGUAUGAUUUAAAUCAUGAAAAACAAUCGUUCCAUCGUGACAUAUAUGUCGUGACUGUUUACCAACAUGUCUUUCUACGAUGGUUUAUCAAAAUAUCUGGCUUUGGCUCAUUGUGGCCCUUUUUAUUGCCACUUUUGGGUCCCUAAUAUUAGUAGCUAUGCUUUUCUGUAUCAUCAUCUGUAUUGUGAGCAUUUUUCUUAUAGCACAUAUACACAGCAGAGCAACAUAUGCUCCUCGGUAUUGUGUGUAUCAAAGGGUAGCAUAUCCUAGUGCACUUUUGAAGGUUAAGUUUGAAAAUGAUUCCCAGAAGCAAGGCAAGCGAGAUCAGAGAUUGACAGGUUCAAGUAUGAUUGAUGAUCCUUUGCAAGAGGUUCUGCAUUAUGCAUUUCGAGAUUACAUUAGUACAUGGUAUCGCCAAAUUUCUACUGAUGAAGAUUUUCUUCUGUAUUUAAAAGACCUUGUUCGAAAGGUUAUUGUAGCUUUCUCUAGCAGAUUUAAAGAAGUAGAAUGGGUUCAUUAUUUAACUACAAAGUUAGUUGAUGACUUUGCAUCCCACCUCCGCCUUUUCAGGCAAGCUCAAUCAAAGUUAAAAGAUUCUCAAAAGAGGGAUCCUACUGCAGGCAUAAAUAUGUUGUCUUUGUUUUUUAAUUUUGAAACUGCAAUGGAGGAAAAUCUGAGUCGUAAUCUAGUUUGUACCUCUAGAAAGUAUGCACUUGAAUAUUUGCAAGAAUUAUGUGAAGUUAUUAUGUACAUAGUGUUAUCACCAGAAGAUUUUCAAAAUUUAGUUUCUAGACUUAUUUUAAGGGAAAUCAUUGUUAAUGCUGCUGUUUUACCUAUCAUUAACCUUGUAGCUGAUCCUGACUAUAUUAACCAAAUUAUUGUAUGGCUGUGUAAAGAUACUGUCUUGACCAGUGAUGGAUUUUUACUUGUGAUAAGAUGUACAGAUAAUAUCGGUGAAUUACAAGCUGUUCAAGAAAUGGUUAAUCAUGAAAUAGCUGUACAGAGAUCAAAGGAUACUGGAGGUGAUGAUGAUACUGAUAUAAAGCAGCAACUUAGUAGUUUGUUCUAUGUUCGUAAAGUUGUUGAAACACAAUUACGUAGGCUUAGUGAGGGUACAGUUGACACUGAUUCUACAGGAAUGCCAACAGGUAUUGACUGGAAAGUGUUGACAGAGCCAGGUGUUAAACUUUUCACCCUGCAUUUUGAUGUUGUUCUGACAAAUAACAUUGCUUUACAUUAUUUCACUGAUUUCAUGAGUGCUUUAUCAGCUCAAGGUUUUAUAUUUUUUUAUCAUUCUGUAGAGAGUUAUAAAGUUUCAGCAGAACAAAUGCUAUCACAAGUCAAAUUAGCACAGAUCACUAAUUCUUCUUCCACACCUCCUGACCUUGAAUGUUUGCGUGAAGCAGCUAUACAUAUUUUUGAUCUUUAUUUAUCUGAAAAAGCCACUCUUAGAGUUCGAUUAGAUGAAUCCUUAUUGAAAAAGCUGUUAUGUAGAAUACGCACAGAAAUGCCAUCUAGUGCCUGGUUUGAUGAAGCUCAGUUGAAGGUUUAUGAUAUAAUGCAAGAAGAACAAUAUUUUCCUGCAUUUAAAAAGAGUCAAAAUUACAUAAAGCUUUUGGCUGAAUUAGAUUUGCUAAAGGAGGGAAAUACUAAGGCUGAAGAAGAUAGCUUGUAUUGCAGUUCUAAGUCUGGGAAUAAAGGUAGUUCUGAUGAUGUUUCAUUAUCAGACAGCAUAAGUCUUAGUUCAUUAGAUCAGGAAGAUUAUGGGAUUGAUUAUCCAGUUUCUGAUGCUUCUCAAAGUGUGGCACCUACCAUAGUUGAAUCAGAAGAAAUAAAUACUGAGGAAUGUGAAAUAACUGCUCAGAUCUCCAAUACAGGCAUUACAAGUGAAUCUGGUUCUACUUUUGCUGUGUAUGCUAUCUCAGUAUGCCGGAAAGAUCCAAAUGGUUCUGAAGACAGAUGGAGUGUUUUGCGUAGAUACAGUGAUUUUCGUGAUUUUCAUUUUACAGUUAUUCAGAAGUUUCCUCACUUAAAUAACCUACAAUUUCCUGGGAAGAAAACAUUCAAUAAUCUGAGUCCACAGUUUUUGGAAAAACGCACAAAUCAGCUUGCAGGAUAUCUGCAAUGCCUCAUGACUCCUGAAAUAUUACAUUCUAAUACUGGACUUAGAACACUUAUACUGCAGUUUCUGGAACCUAAAGUGUAUGAGAAAGGAAAGAAGCCUUUGGCCAAGAAAGUUGAUGCUAUAGUGAACCCUUUUUGUUCAUCUAUGCGGUCUGUAGGUCAUAUAGUUAAAGCUGUGCCUGAUUCAUUUAUGGAUGGACUUAAAGAUGGUCUAGUAAAAGUUCUGGGAACUCGUAGUACAUCCCCUAUUGAUCAGGCAUCGUCUGAAAGCUGUAAAGUUGCUGCUGGUAUUGAUGUUGAGGGAGAUGACAAUAUUCCUUUGCGUAUUUUACUCCUACUAAUGGAUGAAGUGUUUGAUUUGAAAAGCAAAGAUCAGUGGUUUAGGAAAAGAAUUGUAAUUCUUUUAAGACAAAUUAUCAAUGCCACUUAUGGAGAUGCGAUAAACAGAAAGAUAAUUGACUUUGUUCAGAAAUCUACUUCAGCUGAACAAAUGGCAGAAUAUAUAAAGGCUUUCAGGCAAGCUAUGUGGCCUAACGGAUCACCUGCUGUUCCUACUCCUGAAAGAGAGUUUAAGACAAAGAUGCGUACAAGAGUAGCUGCAAAGCUGCUUAUGCUUUGUUCUAUACCUG